AUGUUCAACAUCAAUCCAUAUAAAAAAAAAUCAGUGAGUCCAUUCUCUACAUCACCAGCUGCUCAGAAGGAGAAGAAGAAGAGCAAGAAGGAUGAUAAACAGGUGGUGGCAGUGGCCGCUGCCUCACCCACAAUGAGGGAGAAUAGUUUGUCACUGACGUCUCUGUCCGAGAUCACCAACUCAUUGUCCAACACCCACACGGCCACUACAACAGACAACUCCAACACUAAUGAUGAGACCAGUGAGAUUGGCGACGACUAUGAUCCCUUCCUGUCCAUCCUUGAGGAGCCGAUCGAGGAGGGCGGCAUCGAGAAGGAGACGACCGAGGAGCUGCAGGAGAUGCUGGCCGUGCUCAAGGGCGUGCAGAACGAGUGCAACGUGUUGCUGCUGGGCCGCACGGGUGUGGGCAAGUCAUCCACAUUGAACACGGUAUUUGGCAUCGACAUCCCCGUGCACUCAUCAGAGUCGUGCACACAAGAGCCCUUCACGUACAGCCGCAACGUCAAUGGCUUCAAGCUGAACAUCAUCGACACGCCGGGCUUUCUCGACUCGCAGGGUGACCAGGUGGAUGCGUCCAACAUGGUCAAGAUCCAAAAGUAUCUCUCGGGCAAGACCAUCCACUGCGUGCUGUUCGUGGAGAAGUUCACAGAGACGCGAUUUGACGGGGCGCAUCAACUUGUGAUCAAUCAGUUCACUGAGAAGCUGGGUGGCCAGCUGUGGAGGAACGCCGCCGUCGUGCUAACAUACGCCAACUCGGUGCUGCCAGACUCGUGCUACGACGGCUUUGACGAGGACGAUGAGAUUGGACCAUGGCGCAAACAUCUCGAGGCACGCAGCCAGCAAUUCAAACGCUUCUUCAAUGAGAUCCUGUCGAAGCUGCCGCAGGACGACUACCCACCCAAGUCAAUCCCCGUGUUUGCCAUGGAGAACUCGCGAAGAUGUCAACGUAAUGAGCAGGGACAGCGUGUCUUGGUUGACGGCACGCCCUGUCUACAUCUGCUGAUCAGUGGUUUGCUGAGGAUGGUGGACCCAAAGACUGCAUUCCUGUUCAUGGGGCAUCUAAGGGCAAAGAACAAGCCGGGAAAGACGCACAAAGGCGAUCAACUAGAUCGUGAACGCUCCAUCUUUGAGAACCUGGGCGACAUUCUCAAACUAUUUGUCGUGCCACCUUUCGAUCAACUUGGCAAAGGUCAAGUUGCCAAGAUCCUCGAGAACUGGGGCAAGAAGCUGGAUCGUUAUGGAAACCUUCCCAAUCUACUUAAGAUAUAA